UCUGCAAAAAAAAAAAAAAAAAGAAGUUUGUCUUUAUUCUCUUUGCGCAAAGACAAUAAAGAAGGAAAUCAUUUGUCUCCCGCGUGAAAUCAUAAACCGUCAUCUGAACAAAUCAGCCUACAGAUUAUCAGUCUAACAUAAAGGGGGGGGGGUCGGUGUGACGGGGGGGAGACGUCAGGAGCCGCGGCGCCGCUGUGAGCGCAGAGCAGGACAAGCAAGAACCACCAGCCGUGCCAAGGUGCUCUCGCGCGCUCUCUCUCUCUUUCUCUCCAAACUCCUUCGCGAGCUUGAGGAGCGGAACCGGGAGCCGAGCGGGAGCGGAAGCGGCGCGGGGGCAUGAUGAACAACAGGUCUCUGACUCCGCGGCUCGCCGGAGCCGCGGACCACGAGCUCGUCAUCACCUCCACCUUCGGAACCCUGCUGUCCGUGGUCUACAUCAUCGGCGUGUCCGGGAACGUGUACACGCUCGUGGUGAUGUGCCACUCCAUCCGCUUCGCCACCUCCAUGUACAUCUCCAUCAUCAACCUGGCGCUCGCGGACCUGCUGUACCUGUCCACCAUCCCCUUCGUGGUGUCCACCUACUUCCUGAAGGACUGGUACUUCGGCGACGUGGGCUGCCGCAUCCUCCUCAGCCUGGACCUCCUCACCAUGCACGCGAGCAUCUUCACGCUCACCGUCAUGUGCACGGAGCGCUACCUGGCCGUCACGCAGCCGCUGGACACGGUGCGGCGCUCCAAGAGCUACCGCAAGGCUCUCGCGUGGGGCGUGUGGCUGCUGUCGCUCGUGCUCACCGUGCCCAUGAUGGUCAUGGUGGCGCAGACGACCAAGAAGGCGUCGGACGGCGGCGUGAAGAGGAUGUGCGCGCCCACGUGGGCUCCCCUGGCGUACAAGGUGUACGUGACGGUGCUGUUCGGCACCAGCAUCAUGGCGCCGGGCCUCGUCAUCGGCUACCUGUACGUGCGCCUGGCGCGCACCUACCUGGAGUCGCAGCGCAACGCGGCCAUCAGCAGCGGCGGCGGCGGCAGGCGCUCCCCGAAGCAGAAGGUGCUCAUCAUGAUCUUCACCAUCGUGCUGGUGUUCUGGGCGUGUUUCCUGCCCUUCUGGAUCUGGCAGCUGCUGCCGCUGUACCACGCCGAGCCGCUGAGCCUGGCCUCGCAGACGCACACGUGCAUCAACUACCUGGUGGCGAGCCUCACGUACUCCAACAGCUGCAUCAACCCGUUCCUCUACACGCUGCUCACCAAGAACUACCGGGAGUACCUGAAGAACAGGCACAGGAGCUUCUACAAGUACACGUCGUCGUUCAAGCAGCGGCCGCCCAGCCUGCACUCCUGGGGCAAGUCGGCGUCCUCCAGCAACCAGUACGAGUUCAACUCCGAGACGCUGGUGAUGGGGACGCUCAGGUGACUUCUUUCUUGGAAGAGGGGAAGAGGCGGGGAGGCUCCUAGAGACAGGAAGUGCUACAAGGCUCGUCCGAGCGCACUGGACGCGGCGCCGUCGUCCGCGGCGACGCCUCAGGGCAGGGAGGGGUCGGAGAUGGCGUGACUGGGGUUACAAGUGAAGGAGACGGUGAUGGCGUAGCGCGUCCCCCAUGUUACCUUCUCCACACGGUGGACGUUCUCCGAUCCGGAGGAGAAGAAAGACACUCGUCCUGGACAGGAGAGAGGAAACAAAACAAAACAACAACAAAAAAACUCUUUAGGGAGGAAGUGAAUGGACAAAAGGCUUCAAGAGGAAGUGCAACUUUUCAGGAAAUAUUUGCCGCUUGGCUUUCAUCCACAUCUGGUGAUGGGACAUUUGGCACAAAGCUUUGAAAACAUUGACUUCUUAAGAAAGAAGGUAGUUGGUGAACUUUACUGAACAAAUGGUAAACAGGGUUAAGCUUAGCAAAAACUACAACAUAUUUAUUACAUAACAUUGUGAUAAAUGUUUAUUAUUUAAAUAAAAAAUUAUUAAAAUAAACAAACGGUCUAAUUUUCA